CUUCCCUUGAGGUCGUCACUAUAAAGGACUCCGUCGAGCAUGCAACAGGGCGCGCAGGCCUACGACACUGUAGAGGAGGUCCUCGAGGAGCUCGACGAUGACGGCGUCGUCUGUGACGUUUGCCUUAUACAAGACCAAGACGAUGAGGACGGCAACCCGAACCUCAUCCUUAUCUGUGACGCCUGUGAAGCCGCGGUCCACCAGGAUUGCUAUGCUAUAGCACGUGUGCCCAAAGGGGCAUGGUAUUGCGACUUCUGCACAUACGCUCGAGAGAACAGCAUCAGCGAGGACGAGGCGAGGAGGGAACGGCAAUGUUUGUUGUGUCCGCGGCGAACGGGGGCUCUCCUCAGGAUCAAAGGUGGCACGUUUGGAGGGUAUUGGAUCCACGCCGCCUGCGCUUGGUGGAUACCCGAGUGCAGCAUUCAGGAGGGGAGAUACGGGUACAUAUCUUUGGACGCGGCCUCUAUGCGGAAUCUACAAGAAAGAUUUGAAGCGGUCUGUGAUGUCUGUCAUCUCCCUCAUGUUGGAGCUGUACUUCAGUGCUCCGCAAAAGGCUGUUACCGAGGCUUCCACGUCCCCUGCGCACGUGCUAUGAACUAUGCUCUCGAUCUAGUAGCCGAAGCUGAUCACAUACACGACGACGAGGAGGGUGAUGUCAUCCUCCCUUUGAAGGCGUACUGCGAUAAGCACCGUCACGAGGCCUAUCCUGACGAGCCUCGCUUCAAGCGAUGGAAGUCCGAUCAGCGACAACGCGUCUGCUACGUACAGAAUUUGAUCAAUCGGAAUCGUACAAUACUCAUUGAUAUGAAACAGAACCUCAAGGACCGCAGUAGAUGGGCACUACUGAUAAACCAAAUGCUCCUCCAAGAAUUCGAUGGUAACGCGAACGAGAUUGAACGGGUGUUGUCAUGGCCAACGAAUAAGCACAAGUCGCGGCAUCAUCACCAUUAUCAUCAUGAUGAUGAUCAUCAUCAUCAGAUGGAGGAUGCUCGUGAAGAUGUAGAGGAGGAGGAGGGGGAGCGGACCACCUCCCAGGAGUGA